AUUAGUUCUUUUCACCAGUUUUAAUUAGCAGCGAUGUUUCUCCCUCUAUAGGAGAAUUAAAAAAAUACAUGAGGCAUCAAGGGGAAUAACUUCAUACCAAGUACAACGUACAUCAUUUAACAAGUUCGAUAUCAUUGCUAAUCGGGCACUGACUGAUUUAUACGAGACGAACGAAUAUUACAUGACAUUGGCAUCAAAGCAUCAGAUAACUCCAUCGAUAUUCAUCACUUAAAGAAUUCCAGUGAAAUAUUUCUUUUCAACUGAGAACAUUUCUUUUCUGAAAUGUUUGGAAUGUCUACAAGAUUAUUUUGUGUUGAAGUUAAACUUGGAUACUUUUAAAAGGAAUCUCAGAGUAUUUUCAGAUAUCAAGGAUUACAGUUGAUGGAAAGAGAGCAAUAGCUAUAAUUUGUAAGGAAUAAGUCGUAGGACAAGAACAAAAACUGUAUCCACGUAUGUUGUGAUUGAAUUAAGAUAAGGGACAAACGGAUUAUUUAAGAUAGUUGGAGAAUAUAUUUUCAUUCUGAAGAAAUGUCACAAGAAAAACCACAAUCAGGUUUUCAAUGUGACAUAUGUAAAAAAACUUUUAGUCAGAAAUGUAAUCUGACUACUCACAUGUGUAUUCAUACCGGAGAGAAAAUAUUUCAGUGUGAUACCUGUAGUAAAUCAUUCUCUCAGGUAGCUGGCUUAACUCUACAUACACGUAUUCAUACAGGUGAGAAGCCAUUUCACUGUAAUGUUUGUGAUAAAUCAUUCUCUCAGUUAAUUGGCUUAACUGUCCACAAACGUAUUCAUACAGGUGAGAAGCCAUUUCCGUGUGAUAUCUGUGGUAAAUCAUUCUCUCAGGUAAAUGGUUUAACUGUACACAAACGUAUUCAUACAGGGGAGAAGCCAUUUCACUGUGAUGAUUGUGGUAAAUCAUUUACUACAAGAAGUAUCUUAACUAUUCACAAACGUAUUCAUACAGGAGAGAAGCCCUUUCAUUGUAAUAUUUGUGGUAAAUUUUUCACUGCAAGCUGUGAUUUUACUAAACACAAACGUAUUCAUACCGGGGAGAAGCCAUUUCACUGUGAUACCUGUGGCAAAUCAUUUUCUCAGGGAACUGCCUUAACUUUACACAAACGUAUUCAUACUGGAGAAAAGCCAUUUCACUGUGAUAUCUGUGGUAAAUCAUUCUCUCAGGGACCUACCUUGACUUCACACAAACGUAUUCAUACGGGAGAGAAGCCAUUUCACUGUGAUAUCUGUGGUAAAUCAUUCUCUCAGGGACCUACCUUAACCGAACACAAAUAUAUUCAUUCAGGGGAGAAGCCAUUUCACUGUGAUAUUUGUGGUAAAUCAUUCUCUUGGGCAACUGUCUUAACUUUACAUAGACGUAUUCAUACAGGGGAGAAGCCAUUUCACUGUGAUAUUUGUGGUAAAUCAUUCUCUCGGGGACCUGUCUUAAGUAUACACAGGCGUAUUCAUACAGGGGAGAAGCCAUUUCACUGUGAUAUAUGUGGCAAAUCAUUCUCUCAGGCAACUGCCCUAACUAUACACAAACGUAUUCAUACAGGGGAGAAGCCAUUUCACUGUGAUAUCUGUGGUAAAUCUUUCUCUCAGGGACCUGCUUUGACUUCACACAAACGCAUUCAUACGGGAGAGAAGCCAUUUCACUGUGAUAUUUGUGGUAAAUCAUUCUCUCGAGGACCUACCUUAUCUGUACACAAACGUAUUCAUACAGGAGAGAAGCCAUUUCACUGUGAUAUUUGUGGUAAAUCAUUCUCUCGGGAACCUGACUUAACUAUACACAGACGUAUUCAUACAGGGGAGAAACCAUUUCACUGUGAUAUCUGUGACAAAUCAUUUGCUCAGGGAACUGCGUUAACUAUACACAAACGUAUUCAUACAGGGGAGAAGUCAUUUCACUGUGAUAUUUGUGGUAAAUCAUUCUCUCAGAAGUGUAACUUAACUAAACAUAUGUCUGUCCAUACAAAAGUGACUCCGUCAUUGUGAAAAUUCAUUGCAUCUCUUAACCACUAACUAUUUAACAUCUUUUUCCACUUAAAUCACAAGUUACUCUUGUGCUCUUAACAGUAAUCUGUAAAAACUUCACUUUAAUCAUACUCAUGGUUCAUUUUUUAAUGUACUAUUUUCUGACUACAUUCUAUGUUAUGAUGUUCUGUUUAUAUCCAGGUUUAUUUCAGUUUAUACUGUUGAUAUUGGUUCUAAAAAUCUUUGUCUUACGUAACCAUAAACAAAAAAUAUCUCGUAUAACCACAUAUGUAUUCACCUGUGACUGAAGAUGUAGCAACAUAUAAGAGCACACACUCAACCAUGUGAUCGUGUGUGUAUCGGGGGCGAUUUUCUUUCUCCUUCUUCCCUUCUUUGGACUUUUUCUAUAUUUCUGAUAAAGAGCUCCGCUCGAAACGUGAAAUCCUCUUUCUUUUCUUUCCUUUCCUGAGCGUCCAAUAACACAGUACUUGUUCCUC